AUGGCAAAACCUGUGGAUCUGGAAUUGAAAAAAGCUUUUACGGAAUUACAAGUAAAAAUGGUCGAAACUAGUAAAAAAAUCCAAAUUAUUGACUCUCAAAUUAACACACUGAAACGAGUGUUGCAGCAUGUAGAUAUUACUCAGCGCGAAAUCAGCACAUUACCACCUGGGAUAAAAACAUACGAAUCCAUAGGCAGAAUGUUCCUUCUUACCGACUUAGAAGAAGUGAAAAAUAAUCUCAAAACUCGAGUGUCCCAAUUGACCAAGCGCACGACUGAUUUAGAGAAUAAUAAGCAAUAUUUAGAAAAAAACCUUAAGGAAAGCGAGGAUAACAUUCGAGAGAUGGUGCAGCAAAGAAAGGAGCAGAGCGAGGCUAAAGCAAAUUAG